AAGCUAUUGUCGCGUCACGUGGGUCUGUGUCGAAGAUGGCGGCUGCCGGCGGACUGGGGAGUCGUAGCGCAGCAGUUCAGACGGGCCAGAUAAUGGACACGGGGAGUGGCGGCGCCACCGAGGAGCUGCCGGGGGGCUGCUCAGACACCGUGUUACCGGGGUUCAGGGAUGCCGACUCCUUCGUCAAGCAUGCACUUGGCACUGUGGUGGCUGCUACUAAGGCAUCUAAUGGGCUCCCUCAGCCUGGAGAUGAAUAUGACUUCUAUCGCAGUUUUCCUGGAUUCCGGGCAUACUGUGAAACGCAAGGUGACAGGCUGCUUCACUGUAUGAGCAAGGUGAUGCAGUAUCAUGGCUGUCGCAGUCACAUCAAGGAUCGCAGCAAAGCAACAGAGCUGGAAGAUAAAUUUGAUUUGCUGGUUGACUCCAAUGAUGUCAUUCUUGAAAGAGUGGGUAUUUUACUGGAUGAAGCAGCAGGAGUGAACAAGAACCAGCAGCCUAUCCUCCCUGCAGGGAUGCAGCUCCCAAAGACAAUUGUUUCCAGCUGGAACCGUAAGAGUGGAGAAUCCCACAGAACAAAGUCUGAAACCUUCCGAUUGCUACAUGCCAAGAAUAUCACUCGACCACAGCUCAAAUUUCGAGAGAAGAUUGACAAUUCCAACACUCCCUUUGUACCUAAGCUUUUUGUCAAACCCAACGCUCUGAAACCGCUGCCUGAAGCACUCGCAAAAAGCAGGCGGGAGCGAAAGGAGCGUCCUGAGGACUUGGAUGUACCGGCUGCUCUAGCCGAUUUCCUCCAUCAACAGAGAACUCAGCAGACUGAACAAGACAUGUUUGCUCAUCCUUACCAGUAUGAACUGGAGCACUUUGUUCCACCAGAUGAAGCUCUCGAGAAACCACAACUCCAGAUGUACAGGCCUGUUGAGGACACACCCUGCCAUUUUAUCUCCACCCUGGAUGAGUUGGUAGAACUGAACGAAAAGCUUGUAAGCUGCAAAGAAUUUGCUGUGGAUUUGGAGCACCAUUCCUAUAGGAGUUUCCUGGGCUUGACAUGUCUGAUGCAGAUUUCCACCCGGAUGGAAGAUUUCAUUAUUGACACUCUGGAGCUACGUAGUGACAUGUAUAUUUUGAAUGAGGCCUUCACGGACCCUGCUAUUGUGAAGGUCCUUCAUGGUGCCGACUCAGAUGUGGAGUGGCUACAGAAAGAUUUCGGUCUGUACUUAGUGAACAUGUUUGAUACUCACCAGGCUGCCCGUCUCCUCAACCUUGGCAGGCACUCCCUGGACCACCUGCUAAAACUCUAUUGCCAUGUGGAAACUGACAAGCGGUAUCAGCUGGCUGACUGGAGGAUUCGCCCUUUGCCAGAGGAAAUGAUCCAGUACGCCCGAGACGACACUCACUACCUGCUCUACAUUUAUGAUAAAGUGAGAGAGGCACUAUGGGAGAGAGGAAAUGGACAGCCCACUCAGCUGCAGGUGGUGUGGCAGCGCAGCAAGGACAUCUGCCUGAAGAAAUACAUCAAACCCAUCUUCUCAGAGGACACCUAUCUUGAGCUCUACAGGAGGCAGAAAAAGCAUCUCAACACGCAGCAGCUAACAGCUUUUAAAUUGCUAUUUGCCUGGAGGGACAAGAUGGCACGCCAAGAGGAUGAGAGUACAGGGUAUGUGCUACCAAACCAUAUGCUACUGAAGAUAGCAGAGGAGCUGCCCAAAGAACCCCAGGGCAUCAUUGCUUGCUGCAACCCGAUCCCACCACUAGUCCGCCAACAGAUCAACGAAAUGCAUCUCCUCAUCCAACAGGCCCGAGAGAUGCCUCUGCUCAAGUCUGAAACUGCAACAGCGGUGAAGAAGAAAGGGUCUCUACCCAACCCAGAGAAGCUGGAGAAUCAUUUGUUUGGACCUCAUGACAAUUCACGCGUUCCUCUGGAUGAUAUUCAGAACCUCUCAGUCUUAGAACCUGCACCAGUUCUGGAAUGCGGGAGCCUCUUUUCGGACAGCGAGGGGGAGAUGGACGGCACAAGGAUAUUACCCAAUUCCACAUGUCUUGUUGCUACAGCCACUAUCAGUAUAUUCAGUGAGCCUGAUGUGGAUGAAGGGAAUGAGAAGAACUUAACAGUUGCACAGCAGAAGGCUCAGCGCAUAAUGGAGUCCUUUGAAAAUCCGUUUAGAAUGUAUCUGCCCUCAGAACAGAAUCCUGCCCACAUCUCACAAUCAGCAAAGUUUGACCCAUCAUCAAAAAUUUAUGAAAUCAGCAAUCGGUGGAAGUUGAUGAGUCAGGCACAACUGCAGAAAGAGGCAAAGGAAGAAGCCAAAAAGAAAGCAGUACAGCAGAGAGCCGCUCGUGAACAGGUGCAGAAGGAGUGCAAAGCAACAGCAGAGAAUAUUGUCUCAGUCCGUCAGCAAGCUGUGCAGGAACAGGCCAGCAAGAAGAGGGAGAGAAUCACCAGUGAACCAGGAACCGAGACACCAAAACAAGAGAAGAAACGGCCAAAAGCCUCCCAGCAGCCAGAGGAGCAGGAAAUGCCAAAGCAGUUCACCCCCUUUGAUUACAGCAAGUCUAACUUCAAGGUGUUCGCUGGAAACAGCAAAUCCAAGCAGUCAUCCCAGUUUGAUCCAGCCAAGCAGGCCCACACAGGCAAGAAAUUCUCUGGAGCCAACAAACUUCAGCACCCAGCUGGAAAUAAAAGCAUGUCCUACCUGGCUGGGAAAAGUGAUCGGGGCUCCAGGCACAGCUGGCCAAAAAGAUAGUGUUUUGUAAGAGAUCCUGUGGGAACUGCCAAUGAAGAAAAGUUUCUGUUGUCAAGCUAUGGAGAGGCAAAUAUCAAUCACUGCUGCAAUUUUUGUACAGAAAUCUUUUUAAAAUAAUUAAAACGCUUUUUCCAAAGGGGAAAACCAAUUUUAAUUGUUUUGUCUUUGGCCUUUAUUAUAUUUACAUUUUCAAAAGUGGUUGGAAAAUGUAUUUGGUGUCUGGCUGAACCCUGUUGCCACCUUCUGCUGUCUGGAAGAGCAGAAUUCGACAUGUCAGUUGGAUGUGGGAUUAACCUGGUUCGUAUUGCCAAAGCCAGCACAGAAAUAAUCAAGAAAUUCAACAAAUAUGCAAAUAUUUGUGACUUGAACUAGAUAUAGGGGAACAAAUCCUAUACAAAUAUAACAGCAAAGGAACUAGAGCCAGACUGUCCCUAUGAUGCCAAACUGCCUGUUUAUUCUGCAAGCCACAGUAAUGUAGAAAAUGCAUUUGCUUCCCAAGCAGUAAUAAUUUCAGUGCUUAGAAGAGAAGAGCGCAGGUACUUCUGAAUUGAAUGAAAACCAACAAUUACUGCUUUGCUUGACUGUUACAGAAAUGAACACAGGGACUGAAAGCCAUGUAAAUAGGUUGAAGGUUAAAACACAACUGGAGAAGACUGAAGGGAUCUAUUUGACAUUGCUCACUCCUGUGCUACUCUGUAUUUGAAUGUCUAAGAAUCUCAAAGCUUGUUCCACGUGUUGAAAAAUGAAGGCUUAUUAAUGCCCCUGUGAGGCAGGUAAGUAGUAUCCCCAUUUUACAGCUGAAGAAGCACCAAAUUGAAGUGACUUGGCAAAGUCAUACACUGAGUUAGUGGCAGAGCAGAUACUAGAACUCUGGACUCCUGGUUGUCUGCUCUGACCCCUGGGUGCUGCUCCCUUUCCUAUUGUCCUUGUCCUUUUUUUCUCAGACCUGCAUCACUGCGUAAUGCUGCUCUGUUUUUUAAUCUUCCUGUUUGAGCCUGAUCUCUAAGUGUUAAUCUAGGCCUGGUGACAAGCAGCAGGUGAGCGAAUGCAAAAAGGUCCUUUCUGUUUUCAGAGGCUUCCAAUCUGAGGACUUUAUUUCACACAAAAAUUAGCGAUGUGCAUGGUGGGUUUUGUUCGUUUAGGAGUUUUGCCAUGAAUAGUGUCAGGCAAAUUACAUUAAGAAUGGCAGAGCUGGGUCCAUUCCUGCUCAUGAAAGCCAUUUGCACAGCUGAAUAUGACACCUGCAGAAUGUCUUUGAAGGGGUGCAAUUGAACAGCAGUUUUCUUUGUGAACAUGUGCCAUUCCACAGCCCACUCCACAUUUGCUGCCAAUUGCAAUUCCCUUUCAGCUUUGCCACCUCUGCUACUUUUUUAAUGGAUGUAUCAGUGAAUCUAUUGAAAGACCUAUUGACUGUGGGGAUUAAAAUAAUCUUCUGGUUUCUAUAGGCUCCUUUUCCUCAUUUUAGACGUAUGUGCAAUUAACAUUUUCAAAGGUUGGGCUUAAAUUUCAUCUUUUUUUUUUUUCCCCAUUUUGAAUUGAGGUUUGUCAGGUUUUAAAAAUUCCCUUAAUGAAUAUGACUGGCAAAUUUAUGCAUGUUUUAUCCACGUAAGUGAGAUUAUAGCUAUAAUUCAGAUGCAGUCCUCAUGCUGCACUUUUAUGUUGCAGGGAUAUUUUUUUUCAACCAACAGCCAAGGAACUCUUUUUUUGCUUAAAAAUAAUUUUUGAUCACGUCUUAGGGAAAAAACCCACAAGAAUUAUACUAAGGUCUGCUCUUGAAAAGAUGUGCCAUGUGUCUUGUACUAUUUCUGGAUGUAUCCCCAGGCAUAAUAAUAUACUCCCAUAGCAUCUAAUCAUUUUUUAAAAAUCCAGCUCAGAUUUUUCAAAAGUGACCAGUGAUUUUGGGUUGCCUCAGUUCUUGGGGGUCACACCUCCACGGACCCAAUUUUCAGAGGGCAGGUGCUGAGCGCUUUCUGAAACUCAGCCCCCUUUCAGAUGUGUGUAGAUGGACACCCAAAAUCACUUGUCAUUUAUUAGUAUCUUAAUCCAUAUGUUAAUUACUGUACAGUAAUGGACCUAUAUAAAAGUGUAAUGCUUGGCUGCUUAGAAGUUACUUGGUACUUUUGUAAAGAGAACAGACAUCCUUUAAUGUACAUGUGGUUGGCUCCUUUUAUAAAUCUGCACCUCAGAUCUGUAAUAUGCCCAUCAUUUUUCAUAUUGAAUUAUUUUAGUAAAGCAACUUACAAUCAUAUCUAAUUGCUUUACAGAAAGCACUAGAAAAUAAACAUACACCAGUAACUUUAAAUAUUAUUGUAUGGAAGUGGUGUUUGCAUUGUCCCUUAGUGGUUUUGCCCUCAGGUAUAGUAUUCUUGAUAAAGAAUCUGAUUCUGCAAUCCUUCUCAUGUUGAAUAGCACUUACAUGAGUAGACUUUUUUUUUUAUAGGACUGCUCACAGGAAUAAGUACUACUCAGUGUAAGUAACAGUUGAAGAACUGAGUCCUCUAUGUUAAAGUAUUUGUAGGGGAGGCAUUCUAGAUAUCAUGUAUACAUCAAAAGUUCUUUCAACAUCAGUUCUAAUCUUAGUGUGGAUUGUACAGUUGAACGUAACAGUGCCCUGAGCUCUCAAACUAACCACAUAGCAAGAUGUUAAACACCUUGGAGUUAUUCUUGCCUUGCAGUUAGUUAAAUAUUUUAAGCAGCGAUGUUGUAGUCCCCGUCCUAUUUUCACACAUGCCUCAGAGAAAGUAGAGAGAUCAGUGAUGUGUUAGUGGAUAUGAACAGAACACCUACAGACUGCUGAGAGCCUAUUUAAGUAGCCAGAUUGGAUUGUGGAGCUUUCAUGUUCAUCGCAUGGCUCUAAUCAGUGGGGAAUAUAGAGUGGGUUAUACUCACUUUUGCAAUUGAUGGUAUUUAUCCAUUCUUCUAAAGAUGUAAUAUACCUCAUUUCAUCUUGACUCUUAAGUAAUACAUCCCUAUGCCUCUGAAAGGCCAGUGGCCAAAGAUGAGCAAUAGUCAGACCUGAACUGUCUUAGGUUUAAGUUCCACUCUAUUCCAGUAUCCUGCAGGGCUACAAUGGGAACUCUACACCAUUAGGAAAGGGAGAAUGCUUAUUCCCAGUGGAAUCUAGUAAAAGCUUCCAUUCUUGCCAAGAGAUACUGGCUUUUAAAAUCAUGACAUUUUAGAUCUAGAAAAGUUUAUUGGAAAGGGAGUUUUAUUUUUUCCUCCUGCCUGCUACAUAGAUGCACUCCUGUGGAACCAAGUGCCUUCUUUCACAGAUGCUAGGAGAAAGAAAAGGUCCCACUAAUCUUUUUAAAACUACAACAACAUUCCUAAAAUCGUAUAUCUGUGCCACAUGGGCCAUGUACAGACUAUGAAAAGUUGUGCCGGGAUAGGAUUUUAUCAGCUCUUACUUUGGGUUACUUUGUAUAAAUCUCUUGUCUUCUAAAAUGCAACCACCCCAGACUCACUGAUAUUUCUGUUGUACACCUAAAUAUGUUAAUAUCUCUGUAUACAAUAGUGUAAGCCAGUAUUUGUGAAUAUUUUACACGUUUGGUAUACAGUGCUAAAAAUCAAUAAAAAUGAAAGACAAAUGA